CUCCUCCUGCUCCGCCUCAGAACUCCACCUCUGCACAGAGCAACAGCAGCAGCAGCAGCAACACAAGCAGCAUGCCCGGCUGGAGCCGAAACAAGCCUGCAGCAGGAGCAGCACACAGUCUUCUCCCGGUGUAUUAACCUGUCGUGUAUUGGAUACGUGAAGAAAAACGGAUAUCUGCUGGUCUGAGAUUUAGAGGAGCAGCUACUCAACAGCUGUGUGGUUGAUUUUUUUUGUGUAUUUUAUUUUUUUGGAAGAGCUUUUGUGUUGCCAGGGAAGAGAAAGUCCGAGCAGCCAUGACAGUCCAUCCUGUGUCUGCCAGAUCAGUCAACCUCCUCUUCUGACCGAACCCUGAUUUAGCAAUCCAAAGAUGUCAGCCUGCAGUGACUUUGCAGAACACGUGUGGAAACCCGGCUCUUGUAAGAACUGCUUCCACCCGCUCAGUGCGCACCACAAAGCUGUCGGCGGCUUGGGUGGCAGUGCGCCAGCCGCUUGUUUGAAGAGCAGCCUAGGAGGUGCUGAAGAAGCUGGAGUGACAGCGCCUUCACCCUACAGCAAGCCAACUAUCGCUGUCAAGCCAACUAUGAUGAGCCUUGACACCAACGAGUCUAUGACUGAUGUCAACAUGAAUGUUGAACAGGAGAAUACAAAGAGCCCAGUUGAGCGAUUGGACCUGAAAAAGCUCUUGGACCUGUCGUCUCUUUACAUCGACAGUAAUGGCUGCAACAAGGCCCACAGAGAUGCAGUUCUUAAGAGCCCUGAAACAAAAAAGGACUACAACAACUGCUUUUCUCUGGCUUCCUUAUCCCCCAACAUCCUGCCUAAAGACUCCAUGAUCAUCAGUAAUAUCUUUGUCACCCAGGAGGAGGGUAAAAGUUCUCAGAAUGUAAAGAAGAAUGCCAAUGGAGACAAUUGUAGGCUACAGAAUACAACAACGACAAGAACCAAGAGCACUUACAAUGGGAUGGUUGUUUCUGCCAAGACAAAUCACCAGGAGUCCAAUGAGGCAUCAAUAGAGGUAACUUUUCCUCUGAAUAUUGUCUCUUCCAAUCCUGCCACACUUCAUAUAAAUGGUAUCAGCAGUGGGAGUUUUGCUUCUGUUACAACUAAGACAUCCAGCACUUCCCCCACCACAGCCCUAAGUGUGGACACCACUAGCCACAAUCAUCCACCGCCACCAACCCUCCACUCUCCUCCCGUCCUGUCUGAACAGACAAGCCUAUCAGACUCAACCUGCUCUUAUCGCAGUAGUACAGAUUCACUUCCUGGGCAAGAGGGAUUAGGAGGUAAUCAAGUCCGGACUGGUGGCCCUAAAAGUCCAUCAGUCACUGGUAGCUUUGAGUCAGCUCCAAGUUCUCCUGAGGGUAAGCCAAACUCGGAACCCAUUUAUGCAGAAAGCACCAAGAAAAAGCGCAGGCCGCAAGGAAAUGGGGUGCAAUUGAAUGGGGUACAAUCCAAUCCAGAAUCUCCCACCCAAGCUAAGAACUCAUCCAAGUGCUCUGAGCUUUCAGUAGAAACUCAACGAGCCACCAUCACUGUGAUGGCCACCCAUACAGAGGAGAACAACAGGACUUUUUACCUGAGCAGUCCAGAUUCAGCCAUUGGCACCCAAUGUCAUUUCAGCCCAACAGCACGUAAAGACCCCAGCAGCCCUGCCUUCAGAUGGCCAAGUCCAAGCCACAGUGCCCCGUCCUUGACCACAGAGGCCAUCCAUACCCCAAAUAUACAUCCUAAGCCUCAGUCCAGCCCACCUAUUCCCCCAAAGAGGACAAGUCGUUCCCCCAAACUGGGCACCUCCAGCCUUUCACCAUCCAUGUCUUCUCUGGUCCCUCUUCCUGAACUUCCGAGACUUGGAACCUCCAGUCUCUCUUCGUCCAUCUCUUCCCCAAUUCCCCUCCCCGAACUCCCCAUGCUUUUCCUCGUCUCUGCUCGAGAGGGUCACUUCAAAGUCCAUACUGAGAACCCCAGCACAGCGGCGUCCGAACGCUGGCACAAGCCCCUCCACCACAAUUCUGGCUGGAACUGUCGCAUCGAGGAAGAAGAGGAGGAGGAGGAGAAAGAGCGGAAAGAAGGGGACAAGAAGAAGCUGGCUGCCAACCGGGGGCAGACAACCACUCGGGUGACGGGCCUGGUCAAUGGUGCCGCUGUCUGGAAGGACGCCAAGGACUGUAAGGCCCACAGCAGCCCCCCUCCGUUGACAGAGCCAGGCACGGCCCCCCCGGCUGCCUUCAACAAUGGUGCCUGUCAGGGGGAUACUGAGGGCACCGGUGCAGAGGAGGAGGGCAAGCAUAACGGGAGCAUGCCGGCAAGGCAACCGGUGCAUGGCGGCUCAUCAGAGCUGCUGGCAGCAGGAAAGGGAGCUGCCAACAAUGAACCCAAUCCACCACCUCCCCCUCCUAAGAAACUGCACAGAGUGUGUGGCAUGAUGAGUGGCAGCAACAUGGAGCUGGACCGGUGCAGCCAACAAGGAUCAGUCGAGAGUCCUACUUCAUCUCUGCGGGGGCUGGGUAGUGCCAGUUUACCCACUGCCUCCACUGACAACCUGAUUACAGACACUGGAUCCAGAGAUGCUUCACGGAUGUCAUGCUCCUCUCCAUUCAACAGGAGUCCAGCUGCUUCAGCUCCUGCAUCUCCUCACCCGCCCUUCUCCAACAGCCUCAGCAACCAGCCACCUCCGCUCCCAGAGAAGAAAAUGGUCAAUCGCACAGUGUCGGCUCCUGAUAGCUCGAACGGAAAACCCUUUGUCCGAGCCUACCCACGCCUACCAUUCACUGGUUCAGAGAGCAAUGUGUGUCGACCUACUGAUGUUACCCCCCGAUCCAGUUUACCGUCCAGCCCUGUUGAUCCGCGACCCAUAUUCUCUUCCAAUGAGUCUCUGGAGCGGUGUCACGCCUUGACAGGACGAUCCUCCAGGUCCCGUACCCUGGACGAGCCUCUGAAGACUCACGGGCGCCUUGGUGUCCACUGUCGAAGCAGCAUCACCUGCUCCUCUUCUCCUCAACUCAGCGUCCCCUUCUUAGCUUCAGAACCGGGUCUUGCACCAAAUUUGGGCUCAAGCCUGCAGCUCCAAACCCUCCUCAGUAACAUAGACAGCAGGGAGGGAGUGUACUCCAAACUGGGAGGCCUGUAUGCCGAGUCUCUGCGGCGCUUGGCUCUUAAAUGUGAGGAUCACUUCACUCGCUCCCAGAGGAACCCACUGAGAUUUGAAGAGAGUAACUGGUCUCUGUUCAGGCUCACCUCUAACAAGCCGAGCUGCAGUGCUGGAGAUGCUGUCUACUACUCUGCUGCCUGUGCUUCAGAUCCUAGCAACUCCUACGCUGUGAAGAUCUGUAAGAGUCCAUCCAUAGAUGCCAAACAGGGUCAUCUCUACAGUCUGUCAGUGCAGCAGAGCAUGCCGCCCCACUUCAACCUGCAGCAGGACUGUGGACACUUCCUUGCCUGUGUCCCCCAGAGCAUGCUGCCUUCCGAAGAAGUCUCCGCUCCCGCCACAGCUGCUCCGUCGCUGCCUCAGCCCUCAAAGCCUGCGUCCGGACAGCAGGCCGACCGAGAGCGGGUGGUGGUGAUCACCCCGGAGAUCCCUCAGCAGACCACAGCUGACUUUGUCAAGGAGUGGCAGGCGUUCCAUAAAACUCAGCCAGAGGUGUACGAGCGCCGGGUGUGUUUCCUCCUACUGCAGCUCUGCCACGGGCUGGAGCACCUGAAGGAGCACGGUGUCACACACCGAGAUCUAUGUCUUGAGAACCUUUUGCUGGUGCCCCACCAGCGAAAGCAGUCACAGUUUACCCACCAGAAUUCCACUGACAGUAACACCAGUAAUGGUUCCAGUGGGGGAGAUAAUCAGCGUCACCUUCCCAGGCUGCUCAUUAGCAACUUCGCUAAAGCUAAGCGACGCUCCUCUGAGGAUGCUGCUUCAACAACGGUGGAUCCUCGCAUCAAACGCGACCAUGCAAGACUGGCGCCUGAGAUUGUCUCGGCAGCCCAGUACCGCAAAUUCGACGAGUUCCAAACCGGCAUCUUGAUCUACGAGCUCCUCCAUCAACCCAACCCGUUCGAGGUGCGUCCAGCUCUGAGGGAACAAGACUACCGUUGCGAGGACUUGCCUCCGAUCCCCUCCGUCUCCCUUUACUCAGCCGGCCUCCAGAGGCUCGCUCAGCUGCUGCUCCAACCUGACCCCAUCAAGCGCAUCCACAUCCAAGAGGCUAAGCGCAUACUGCAGAGCCUGCUGUGGGGCCCCAGGAAGGACCUGAUGGAGCAGCAGUGGGAGAGACACGGACACGGGGGAGGAGGCUUCGGCGGCGGAUCGCGACACGAGGGGCUUCUGAACUGGCUGGAUGUGAAACGGGCGCUGCUGAUGAUGAAAUUCGCCGAGCGUUCGCUGGAGCCAGAGAGGAACGCUGAACUGGAGGACUGGUUGUGCUGUCAGUACUUCUCCACCGCUCACCCUCUGUCUCUCUGCCACACAGCCGAACUGCUGUACUCCAUAAAGUGAUGGCCGACUUUGUGGCAUGAGAAAGAACAGUGAAAAUCAAUGUCGAAACACUAUGGAUGGGUUCAUACUGUGAACAUUACCCACCUGUUUGUGCUUCUGCUACAUGCAUGAGAGCCCAGCAUCAAGCUAGCCGUCCACUAUCAGUAUCCUGCUACGGACUGUCAACUUAACUAAUUAGUGACCAGUGAGAAUCAGCUGUUUUUAGGUGUUAUAAGGACAAAAUCACUAAACCACUCGCUUACUGACUUCUGAUGCUGCAGUUAAAGAAACAAAACAUGGACAGCAUUCAUAACUCGUUAACACACUUACCAAAGUUUCAUGUUUGACACUGCAUUGUGUGUAUUUAUUAUUAGCAGUUAAAACCCUAUUAGAGAAGGCUAAUCAUUCAUAACGUCUCUUCGAAUCAGCCAGAUUUGCAAGGUAUGCUGUGUGGUAUCUACAUAAAUGUGCAGCUAACUCUUCUUUUUUCUGAUAUCUUAAUAGAAAUACAAGGUCCCUGGCAGGCGUACACUGUUGCAUCUUUUCCUAUCAUGUUUGUUAAUGUGUACAUGGUGCUGUUUGUUGUGUCAACUACACAAUUCAGCUUUUUUGUCUCAAACAAAUCCAUGAAGAUUAUUCCUAAAUGGGUGAGAACCAUGCAGGCUUCCUUUCGGUCUGCAAUCCUUGUUAGACAGCAUUGCAUAAUGAAGAUUAGUAUAGAUUAAUCACAAGUCACACCGUCUGACACUCCUCAAUAGAAAUGGGAUUUACUGAACAAUUGGAACAUUGCACCUACUGAAAAGAUGCCCCGUUUUGUCCUCCUGCUCACUCUGCGUACAUGUUUUGACAUUUGUCACAGUGCCUUUAGUUCUUUGUACGAACAUGUGUAUCAGUGACUCCUAAGCCAAAUGUAAAUAUUACCGAUCAUUCGUCCUUUGUGAAACUGGCCUUUCACAGAAUGUUCCAGAAACAGUUUUGUACAGUGAUUUGUAGAUGAGAGUAGAAGAAGAAAAAAAAAUGAGCCCAAGCAGGUCUUAAGAAGCCAUGAAUACGAGCAGCAGUUAAAAAUAUUUAUGAUAUAAUUUGUUAUUCUGUAGUAGUCACUGGAGUUCCUCUGUUUAUUUUUCAUACGUGGCUGAUAAAGUUGUGUGUUUUUUUGGCGUAACAGCAGCUGGGCCUGUUUUUAUUCGUUGCCUCCCGUGUCCCAUGUAGGCUGCAGAGAGAUCUUCAUGUUCUGGGUGUUUUACCUACGACAAAUAGUUUCUUGAUAAAGUCCAUUGUAGCAAGAAUUUACUGGCCUGCAUGCAGGUUUCUGUCCAUGACUGACUGAUGUAUCUGUCUCAAUAGUGAAGAGAAAAAAAACAUGGUCAAACUCACAACUAAUACAUUGUUGAUUUGAAUUAUUUUGUGUGCCUCACCUUAUUUGCAUCUAUCAAUAAACUGUGCAUAUAUUUUCUCACAGUA